AUCUUAACGGAUUACCAAGCAAUUUAAAUUCCUCGCUCACUAACCCCCUUCCAAUAAUCGACAAACCUUCGAGUAUGUGCACUAAACCAAAACUCCUCCCCGAUCGCGAAGAACUAGUUGAAAAAAACGUCGAACUCGAGCAAGAGAAUCGAAAACUAUGGCUCGACUUGAAACAGAAACAAAAUCAGAUCGUUGCCCAAAACGACAAAAUCAUCUUGCAAGAAGAUCUGCUCAAGAGCAGAGCCGAACUAAAACGACUCCUCUCCGAAUACCUUGCUACGAUUAGAUCGCUCCAAAGAAACGUAACAUUCUUACAAAAUGAAAACAAAAUCUUAGAGCAGCGUUUCUACAAAGGGCAAAUGACCCUUAGACAGCUCACCACACAAGGUUACAUCGACCAGAAAGAAUGGAUCAACGAGAACGUCGCUCUGAAGCUCAAACUUCACGGUAUCGAGAAAGAAUUCCGCCGAUAUAAACAUCUCUGGGAUAAGAACACCAAUAUCGCUGCCGAAAUCAUGACAGCCCAAGAAACCAUCAUGAACUUGGAGCAAAAGCUAAUGGAAUGCCAGCCUUUGGCCAGCGAAUGCAAACAGGCUAAAAAUCAGCUCUCGGAAUGCGAACAAAAGCUCAAAUCUGCCACCUACACAAGCUCGAUCCUUAAAGACGAAUUACACCAGGCUAAAGCCAAAGCUCAGGAGAUCGCAAACGAAAGCGAAGAACUCAAAAAACAAACCACAAAGUACACCGAGCUCAUAACCAGGCUCAAGGAAGAGAACACGUCGAUGGAACACUUCGUCGAGAAAAGCUUUCGUCUAGAAGGAGCCUUGGCCGAACUCGAUGACUUGAACGUCGUACUAAAGAAGCAAGAAUCCAUGUUAGGUGUAUUAUUCGACGAAAACCAAUCCCUUAAAGAAGGCAUAAGCCACUUAUUCGAUGAAAUAAACGUGCUCAAGGAUCGUAACUGGAAACUGGAACGAUACGCUAACGAUAUGGAGCACUCGUAUUACAAAGCUGAAAAGAACACAGAUGCUUUAGAACACAGACUCAGCUAUUUUCAAACCGUUCUGUCCGAAAAUGAUCGAAUGAAGCUCAGCUACGAAGAUAUCACUAAACGUAAUCGUUACCUGGAAGAAACGAAUAACACCCUGAUGACCAAACUAGCCGAUGUUGAGAAAAACCUCUACGCUGUGUCCCAUGCCCUCAAUAUGACCAAAGAAGAAAACCAGAAACUGAUCAAAGAUACGACCGCCUUGAAGGCCGAACUCAUGAACAGCAACAGGAAAUUCAUCUUGGAAAACGAUAUCCUCAAAGGCGAAUACGAGAAGCAGAAAGCUCUUGCGUCCAAAUACUCCGGUGUUAUAGCUGACUUUAAAACAAUUCAGAGGAAAUUCGGCGAAUUACAAGAGAUCAACUUUAAAAGCAAAGAAGAUAUGAGGAAGAUGGUCGAACAAAACUCGUACUUUAAAGACGAACUGGAUGCGUUGAAUCAGCAAUACGAGACGACUAAACAGGAUCGAGAUAAGUUGCAAAAAGAGUUGAAGAAUUCGCAGAUGACGUUGAGAGAGGCCGAAGCGUGGAUUAAACAAUUAGAAUAUCAAUUAAAUAGGCUACGUAAUCCGGUUCCUUCUUGAUGUGAGUUUUGAUCGUUUUGUUUUGUUUUGUAAAUUAGACAAGGAAGCUGUAAGGAAAUGUGGAUGAGAAGGUUUGUAAAUAGGUAGGUACCUAAUGUAGUUUGGCAAUCCUCUCCAAUUUUUCAUUUUCAGUGUUUUUAUUAUUUUUAAGCAUUCGAGGCAUGUUUUUUCUAUUGAUUAAUUGUUUAUACGUUCUUGAUGUUUAUUUUUUCAAUUGUUAUAAACAAAGUUGAGGGUAAUAUGGAA